CUGCUUCCUUGAAGGUGCUGUCACAUGGAACCUCUUAGCCUCAGCAUCCUGAACUGAUAGAAUUAAACAAAUACCACUUUCUUUGAAACCUUCAGCCUUUAAGAACCAGUCACCUCAAGAUCUCAACAUCAUGAUCUCAGUUUCAACACAAUUGUUCCUAGUUCUCUUUUCAUUGCUUUUGGUGCUGCCUGUUGUUGAAGCAGUAGAAGCGGGAGAUGCAAUCGCUCUCUUGCUCGGUGUGGUUCUCAGCAUUACAGGCAUUUGUGCUUGUUCGGGGGUGUAG